UAACAAAGCUCAAAGCUCAAAGCUCAGUGCCAGCGAGUCGUCGUCUCAGUGCAAGAUGUCUGGGAGCGGGUUCCCCGUGGUCGUGGCGGGGGUUUGGACCUCGGCUCAGACCAAGUCCGUGAAGAACAAGCUACUCGUUUACUUCCAAAGCAACAAGAAGUCGAGUGGCGGAGAGUGUCAGGUUGAGCUGGAGGAGUCAUCGCCGAGGGCCGUCGUCGUGUUCAGCUCGGAGGAGGUGAGAGAUCGAGUCCUUGCGAGGGAGAACCAUGAAAUCACUGUGUGCAAUCACACCAUCAAGUUGCAAUUGUCUUCAGCAACUUGUCAAGCAUCCCAAGACAACAAAACAGUAGAAACCGUUGCCGUGGUGCUGGAGAACAUCUCUGACAUGAGCAGAGAGCUGCUGACCAUGCUGGUGGAGAACAUCUCAGGCCUGGAGUGUGGUGACUAUCAUGUGGAGACCAUAUUUGAAGUCAACAAAGCAGUGGUGACUUUCAACAAUGCAGCUGAUACAUUGUCAUUCAUCAGCAAAAGUGAAAAAAGCAAAAAGCUGGAGAAAAGACGUGUCACUGCCUGGCCACUGGGGGCAGCCAAGAGCAUCAGAGUGGAGAAUCUGCCUCCAACCGCUUCACAUGAUAUUUUGGAGCUGUUCUUUGAGAAGUCCUUGGCCGGGCCAGAAGAGAUCACCCUGAUCCCAGAGGAGCAGGCAGCUGUGCUCACCUUCUCUGACAGCAAAGUUCUGAGAAACCUCAAACGGGACUACAAGAUCAACGCCACCCCUGUAAAGGUUUAUCCAUACUACCAGUCCCUGGGCACAGCUCUGUAUGGUAAAGACCGCCCCACAUGGGAGAUGCCGGAGCCCUUCACUGAGAAAGUACACCAUGUCAUCUACAAAUUCCUAGUCAAAAAGAAUCUUGUCAACACCAUCAAUGAGCGGAUGCGCCCGCACUACUGCAGCGUGGACAUGGGCCAGGCAGAGGUCACACUCAGACCCGUGCCAAACUUUCUAAGGCAGAGCGGUCUGACCCAAACGCAGGUGGAGGGCUGGAAGAGCGACGCACUAAGCGCCUUCCGUCGGCAGAUGGCUGAAUUUUCUGCCUUUGAAUGUCCUGCCAAUGAGGCCGCGUGGAGAGAGGCACAAAAGACUGUUCUCUCAGUCUUAAAGGAAGACGGCUUCCCAGUGAUGGACACGUCCAGAGGGGUUUUGACUGUAGCUGGCCAUGCCGACAGCAUGAAGCAAAUCAGAGCUACUGUGGAAGACAUUAUUAAGACAGAGAUGAGUUGUGUUGAGCGGAAGACAAAUGGCCUCAAAGAAGUCAUCGAUCUGGCACCGGCUGUGUUUUACACCGUGAUGGAGGGUGGGCUGCAGAAGAAGAUCGCGACCGCUUUCCCUGAGCUGAAGCUGGUGUACGCCGAUGACUCGCACAAAUUAUCAAUUGAAGGAUUUCCCACCGAAGUCUAUCAGACCAAAUCCUGGAUCUAUGAAAUGAUUCACAAUAUUUCCAGGAAGCCUCUCAACCUUCCCUCACAUAUUUUGGAGUUUCUGACCACAAUCGAUGUCAACGACCUGUCUAGUGACCUGUUCACAUCUCAUGAGAUCAGGGCCUUCUUGAGAGUUGAAAACAGUCAGGCUGUCUUGGUUGGGGCGGGUGAGCAGAUGAUUCAGGAUGCAGAAAGUAAGAUGAAGUCCGAUUUGCACUGUCGAACGUUGGAUGUAGAAGAUGCAGAGGUUCUCAAACUCCAGGAUUGGAAGGACCUUCUCAAGGACCUGCUGGAAACAUACAAUUCCCCCAAAAAGCAAACGUGUCAAGCAUCCCAAGACAACAAAACAGGGUCACCGGAUACAGCAUCUUUGAAUGCCGAGUCCCAGAUUCCUGUCGAGGAAAACCCAAAAGCCCAGAUUCCAGUGUCUCCCCAGCCUCCAAAUCCAACACCACAGGAUGGAACUCCAGCCCCGGCAGCUGCAGCGGAUGAGGAAGUAGAAACCGUUGCCGUGGUGCUGGAGAACAUCUCUGACAUGAGCAGAGAGCUGCUGACCAUGCUGGUGGAGAACAUCUCAGGCCUGGAGUGUGGUGACUAUCAUGUGGAGACCAUAUUUGAAGUCAACAAAGCAGUGGUGACUUUCAACAAUGCAGCUGAUACAUUGUCAUUCAUCAGCAAAAGUGAAAAAAGCAAAAAGCUGGAGAAAAGACGUGUCACUGCCUGGCCACUGGGGGCAGCCAAGAGCAUCAGAGUGGAGAAUCUGCCUCCAACCGCUUCACAUGAUAUUUUGGAGCUGUUCUUUGAGAAGUCCUUGGCCGGGCCAGAAGAGAUCACCCUGAUCCCAGAGGAGCAGGCAGCUGUGCUCACCUUCUCUGACAGCAAAGUUCUGAGAAACCUCAAACGGGACUACAAGAUCAACGCCACCCCUGUAAAGGUUUAUCCAUACUACCAGUCCCUGGGCACAGCUCUGUAUGGUAAAGACCGCCCCACAUGGGAGAUGCCGGAGCCCUUCACUGAGAAAGUACACCAUGUCAUCUACAAAUUCCUAGUCAAAAAGAAUCUUGUCAACACCAUCAAUGAGCGGAUGCGCCCGCACUACUGCAGCGUGGACAUGGGCCAGGCAGAGGUCACACUCAGACCCGUGCCAAACUUUCUAAGGCAGAGCGGUCUGACCCAAACGCAGGUGGAGGGCUGGAAGAGCGACGCACUAAGCGCCUUCCGUCGGCAGAUGGCUGAAUUUUCUGCCUUUGAAUGUCCUGCCAAUGAGGCCGCGUGGAGAGAGGCACAAAAGACUGUUCUCUCAGUCUUAAAGGAAGACGGCUUCCCAGUGAUGGACACGUCCAGAGGGGUUUUGACUGUAGCUGGCCAUGCCGACAGCAUGAAGCAAAUCAGAGCUACUGUGGAAGACAUUAUUAAGACAGAGAUGAGUUGUGUUGAGCGGAAGACAAAUGGCCUCAAAGAAGUCAUCGAUCUGGCACCGGCUGUGUUUUACACCGUGAUGGAGGGUGGGCUGCAGAAGAAGAUCGCGACCGCUUUCCCUGAGCUGAAGCUGGUGUACGCCGAUGACUCGCACAAAUUAUCAAUUGAAGGAUUUCCCACCGAAGUCUAUCAGACCAAAUCCUGGAUCUAUGAAAUGAUUCACAAUAUUUCCAGGAAGCCUCUCAACCUUCCCUCACAUAUUUUGGAGUUUCUGACCACAAUCGAUGUCAACGACCUGUCUAGGGACCUGUUCACAUCUCAUGAGAUCAGGGCCUUCUUGAGAGUUGAAAACAGUCAGGCUGUCUUGGUUGGGGUGGGUGAGCAGAUGAUUCAGGAUGCAGAAAGUAAGAUGAAGUCCGAUUUGCACUGUCGAACGUUGGAUGUAGAAGAUGCAGAGGUUCUCAAACUCCAGGAUUGGAAGGACCUUCUCAAGGACCUGCUGGAAACAUACAAUUCCCCCAAAAAGCAAACAGUGGGUAUUAUGGUCCACCUGGAAAGAGAGGACAAAGUCACUGUGGCGGGUUUUCGGAGUCCAGUCAACGAAGCGAGCGACCACCUGCAGAAAUUCUUGUCGAGCCGCCCCCGGGUUAAAGAAAGUCUUCGUGUCAAGUCCUGUGCAGUCGUUCUCUUCAUUGAGAAACACAGUUCCAAAAUGUGGGCGACGUUAUACAGAGAUUCUGAUGUGGCUGUGAAGUUUAAGGCAGAGCAGCGAAAGAUUCUGCUGGAGGGGUUUCACCUUAACGUUCAGUCGGUGAAAUCUGAACUGGAGAAGCUGGCUGAGGGUCUGUUUUGUGACUCGCUAGUGUUGGACAAGCCAGGCGCCAAGAAGCACUGCCAAAAAUAUGCACAGAUGUUUCUCCCGUCACUGUGGACGGACUUCAACUGUGCCGUCAUGCUUCAGCCUGACCAACAAGAGGAAGAGGAAGAGGGAGAAGAGGCGCCGCAGGUUUCAGAGGGAACCUUGGUUCGUUUCUGCCAAGUGAGCACCGCAGAUGGUGUUCUUGUUUCUGUGGCCAGAGGUGACAUCUGCAGCAUGAGCGUCGACGCCAUUGUCAAUUCUGCGAAUGAGCACUUGUACCACAUCGGAGGUCUGGCCCUUGCCAUUCUCCAUGCUGCAGGACCAAGGUUGCAGGACAUUUGCAAUGAUUACAUUGCAAAACAUGGCAAGCUGCAACCAGGUGAUGCCAUCACAACAGAUCCAUGCAACCUGCCCUGCAAACACGUGGUGCAUGCAGUCGGUCCUCGCUUCAGUCAGUCGGACAGGAAGACGUCCGUGUCUUGUCUGAAGCUUGUUGUUAAACGCAGUCUGCAGCAAGCAGAGAAGAAUCGCUGUAAAACUGUUGCGUUGCCGGCCAUCAGCUCUGGUAUUUUGGGUUUUCCUGUGGAUUUGUGCGCGCAGACCAUCGCUCAGGCGGUGAGGGAGUUCUGCGACAGAGCAGAUGGGCCCAUAUCUCUGGCUGAGAUAUACCUGGUGGACAACACCCACGACACAGUCAAAGCUCUGGCAGCGGCUGUCAACUCUGAAUUCAGUGAUCUGCAUCCUGUGAUGAUGCGUCCUCUGGAGGAGGAGCGAAGAGGUCCUGGCAGCAGCAGUGCUCUCAAAGCAAAAAUGUUCUCUGAAUGCCUUCAUCGCAGAGAGCACAGAGAUUUUGGUGGCCGCAGGAACCAGCCGGUGCAGCAUGGCAAAGCAGAUACCUUCAGCAGUCUUUUCGGCAUGUCCGAGAAAGACUCGUCCAGCCCCAAGCAACUGGUUGUGAAAAGAGAGGAGUUUGAGCCUGCUGUGUUUCAGUUAUGUGCCGACAGCCACAAGGCACUAACUCAGGCAAAGAAGAAGAUUGAAGGUCUGAUAGUAGACGAGCAGGCUACGAAGACCAUCGACGACUGGUACAUUGGUCAGCUGGCGAGUGAAGACGUCUCUCAGCUCGAGGCACUCCAGAGGGAGAUGACGGUCCGCAUCCGUCUGGACAAGGGGACGGAGGAGCAGAUACCCCACAUCCACCUGGAGGGUCUGACAAGAGACGUAGCCAGCGCUGAGUCAACCAUAAGAGAGCUCCUGCGCAAGGUGGAGAGGCAGGAUAACCUGAGGAGCAAGGCCAAGCUGAUGGCCAACCUUGUUGAGUGGAAGUACGAGGAUGGAACCGGGGCUCUUGCUGUCUUCGACAUAUUCACCAACCUGGAGCUGGAAGAGGCUCUGAAGAAGCAGAGGACCGUCAGAGUCAAAUUCAACGGCAAGGAGUAUGACGUCGAUGCCGUCAAUAAGAAGGCCAUUUCCACCAGGGGUCAAAACCCGGUGGAGCUUUUCAGAAGAGACUUGAAAGACGAGCCUGACCUUCCCAGUAACUGGGGUGACAUGAACGAUGACCUGGUGAAACUGUUUCCUCUGACGCCUGAAGACCAAGAAUACCAGGAUUUGGACAAGAAACUCAAAGCGGAGAAAUUCACUGGGAAGAUCACCAGAAUCGAGCGAGUGCAGAACAGGACGUUGUGGCAGAGCUACCAGCUGUUGAAGAAGGAGUUGGAGCAGAAGAACAAGCACCAGAACAACGAGUUGGUCCUGUAUCACGGCACACAGUCUGACGCCAUCGCCCUCAUCAACAAGCAAGGAUUCAACCGCAGCUACGCCGGGAUGCACGGUGCCUUGUAUGGAAACGGUUGCUACUUUGCGGUGGACCCCAUGUAUUCGUACAACUACGCCAAACCAGACGGCCGCAACGACCGGCGCAUGUAUGCGGCGCGAGUUCUGGUGGGUGACUUCACUAAGGGGGCGAAGGGGAUGAUCAGUCCACCCUCCAGGAACACGGGUCAGGCUGCUGAUCUGUUCGACAGCGUGGUGGAUAAAGAGCCCAAUCCCGCCAUCCACGUCAUCUUUCAGGACAUCCAGGCGUAUCCUGAAUACUUGCUCACCUUCACCUGAGUCUGGACGUGCCUUGUGUAACCUUAUCUUUCUUUACUCUUUAACAAUCAAAACAUGUGCAACAGUGACAGAUUAUGAAGGAUAAACCCAUAUUAGCAUCCUGCCUGUUCAACUUUUGUCAAACACACAAGUGUCUAAUAAAGAUUUCCU